AUUACAAGAAAAAUAAUUUAUUUUUGGAAGAAAAUAGAUAAAUAUUGAUACACUGUUCUUAAUAAAAGUCCAGGUGUCGAAAUUUUCCGCAUCUCACACUUCCACAUCUCUAUUUAAUAAAACCCUUUCUCACUUUCACUUUUUCCCAUUAGUCCUCCACCAAUUCCUCUUCCUCCAAACCCCACCCACCCCAAAAUCCUCCACCACCACCGCCGCCGCCUUCCUCCGCCUCCAACCACCGGAAAAAAUGGGGAAAGGCGCAGCCUUGUCAGAUGGGGUGGUGAAAAAAAUCAUUCUUUCCUACUUCUACGUGGCAAUCUGGAUCUUCCUUUCCUUCACGGUCAUCGUCUACAACAAAUACAUCCUCGACAAAAAGCUCUACAAUUGGCCAUACCCAAUCUCCCUAACCAUGAUCCACAUGGCUUUCUGCUCUUCCUUAGCCUUCCUCCUCGUCCGGGUCUUCAAGCUAGUGGAGCCCGUCUCCUUAUCACGUCAUCUCUACCUCACUUCAGUGGUCCCCAUUGGGUUCCUCUAUGCCUUUUCACUCUGGCUUUCGAAUUCUGCUUACAUUUAUUUAUCAGUUUCUUUCAUCCAGAUGCUCAAGGCCUUGAUGCCUGUUGCUGUUUACUCAAUUGGGAUUUUGUUGAAGAAGGAUAGUUAUAAGAAUAACACCAUGAUGAACAUGUUGGCCAUCUCUGUUGGUGUUGCCAUUGCUGCUUAUGGCGAGGCCAAGUACGAUUCAUGGGGUGUUCUGCUUCAGUUGGGUGCUGUUGCUUUUGAGGCCACAAGGCUUGUUUUGAUCCAGAUCUUGUUGACUUCAAAGGGUAUUAAUUUGAAUCCAAUUACAUCUCUGUAUUAUGUGGCACCGAGUUGCCUGUUCUUCUUGUUUGUGCCCUGGAUUUUCGUGGAGUACCCUGUUUUGAGGGAAAGCUCGAGUUUUCACUUUGAUUUCUUGGUGUUUGGGACUAAUUCCGUCUGUGCUUUUGCUUUGAACUUGGCUGUGUUUUUGCUUGUUGGAAAGACCUCAGCUUUGACCAUGAAUGUUGCCGGGGUGGUCAAAGAUUGGCUCUUGAUUGCGUUUUCUUGGUCGGUGAUUAAGGAUACUGUGACCAUUGUUAACUUGUUGGGGUAUGGAUUGGCGUUUUUGGGAGUUGGGUAUUACAACCAUUCCAAAUUGCAGGCUUUGAAGGCUAAGGAAGCUCAGAAGAAAGCUCAGGAGGUUGAUGAGGAGAGUGGGAAGUUGUUGUCGGUAGAAGGAGAAGGGAAAAUUAAUAAUGCUGGGAGUGACGGAGGAGUUGGGAAGAAAGGAGAUGCUCAAUCCUGAUUCAAAUUGAUUUGCAUGUUGGAAAAAGAUUGAAUUUUUAUGGUCAAUUUGGACAAAUAAAAGUCUGAAAGGAGGAGAAAAAUCGGGGUGGUUGUUCAUUGGAUGAAUGGAUGGAGGGAUCUGAGAUUUAGGAGAAUUGCUUUGACAAUCAUUUGUUUAGUUAUUACUAUUAUGCUUUAAUUUUUUACUGUUGUUUAUGUUUCUUUCGUAUUGAACCCUGAGGUGAGAGGUCAGAUCAUAUCUCUCUCAAGUCAGUUAUACGGGCAGUUAAUGUAUUUUUAGUAUGAGUAAAAUUCUAGUGUUACCUUGGUAUAAUUUUAUUCCUUCGUCCACUCCUUUAACAUUUUCCCUACAUUGUUCUCUAUUUCUAGUUGCAAUGUAAAUUUCAUUAUGCUUUUGAAUUAGCUAAUGCGGGAGUACUGCCUUCCGCACAAUUUGGAUUUAUUUUCCUCUCUUUGGUGUUGAUCUUUGAGAACCUGCAUUUUUUCCAUGUCUGAUGAGGGUGUAUCUCUGUUGCUGUAUUAUUUCUAUUUAUCUGUGCUGGACUGCUGUAACUCUGUUUUUUUAAUGUUGAUCCGGGUGUUAAUGCGACUGAAUUCUGUGAUUACUGGGAUCAACCCAAAAUGGGCAAGGAACAAUUGUGGUGAUUCGGCUUUAUUGUUGAAAUUUCAUCAAUGUUGCCUUGAACAUUGAGGGAAUGUCCUUGUAACUUCUACAUCCGAAGGAUGUCAUGUUGAUACUUAAUACUCUCGCCGUCCCAAUCAGAAAUCUUUGGGACAGCUAGUAUGUGAAAUAUGGGAUGAAAG